AUGGAUCUCUGCUGUAAGCCGGGAUUCGUUCGGGUGGUGUUGCGCAGGCGGGUUCACGGUUGUGGGCGGGUCCGAAUUCCGGGGAAGGAUGUAAAAGGCUGGCGCUGGGUGGACACAGAGCCGAGGUUCCUCUUUUCAGCUCUCUCUCUGCCGGCCCCUUAUAGCGGGAAAUGCCGAAAGCUAUGGGCGGCGGGAUUGGCGGCAUGGUCAGGGCCCGCCCCUCGUCCCAAGUCCGCUACAAGUCCGGUCGGCGCGGCUCAAGUUAUCCACUACGAACGUGGCACUUGCCUCCGGCCCGACCCCAUCAAAAGUCUUCUCAAGGAGGAGUCAACACAAGGAACGUAUGUUGAAUUCCAGACUUUCUUCGACACUUACACCGUCCAGCCAAACGGCCAGGAGUGUGUCCACCGCAGAGUUGUUCAGUACAACUUCAUUCUAGUAUACUGGACAAGACCUAUGCCGGUUUGUACGGUUCAGAAAGCAAUCAACAAUAUUCAAUAUAACAUCAAACUCGGAAAUAGCAUAUUCAAGUAUUGGACUGACAAUAUUGAUGCCAAGUGGAACUACAUAACCCACCACCACUUUGGUCGUCCCACUGACCAAGUCAAGAAUAGGAUAGUGAUACUAAGUAUACCGAAUCAGACCUGCUCCACCCUCACAAUACGCAUAAGCAACUUUGGAACCGAGGUCUGGAAUAGGAUGGUCUCAAGCACCAGCGGUCUGGCUUCAAUGACGGAACAACAACCGGUGACGUCUCCGUUUCUUUAUGGCAUUGACGAGCCUACAUGGGAUUCCAUCAUUUAUGCAAAUCUCUGCUUGGAGUUUUACCGUCAGUGA